CUAUCUCAUUCAUUCACUCACUCUCUCAAAAUUAAAAAAACAAAAACUCUUCUCUCUCUCUCUCUUACUCUCCUUCUCUCUCAACCUCCUCAUCAUCUUGCCAACACCACACCACACACAGUCCAACGUUAAUUGAUCAAAAACCCACCUCUCUCCAUCUUCCUUUCAUCCCAACUUUCCCUUCACAAAAAUCCUCUCCGAUUCUUCUCCACCGAUGCAGAUUGAGUUUCACAAAUCAUUCAUCUUCGUUAUAUGUAAUUACCGUUUCCGUGCUUUCUCAUUAUUCGAUCUGUGACGAUCGUAAUGCCACUCAUCGGAAACUUAUUUACCAUGUGAUUUUGUUCUGUUUCCCCAAAAUUCUCUGUUUCUGUUUUUUUUUCCUUCUUUUUUUUUUUGACCCUUUUUUUUCUGGUUGCGUAUUCAGCAAGUGUACUCUAAUAAUUCUCUGAUCUGAGAAAAUCACACCCAAAAAAUUAAAUAAAAAUACGAUUUUUUAACCUAACCCUUGUUGCGGUUCCAUUUACAAGCUUCAAAUUAGAAGCCCCUGUUUUCUGGGUUUUCAACCAUGGAAGACGAUUUUCUUGGUUUGAUUUUUCAUUUUGAUUGCGAUGAUCUCACUUUAAUGAAUCAUGAUGACUUCACGUGAAUGAAGUUUUUAACUUUGAUCACAAAUAUUUGGAAAAUUCCUUUCUUUUUUUGGGAAUAUCCCUCACCGUUUAGGAGAAUGAAAUACUAUACUUCUCCUCAAAGUUUUCAUCUUUGGAUUCACCUUGAAAUAUCCUUUUACCUUUUUUCAUGCUUUUUAUUCAUCUGGGUCAUCUAAUAUCUAAAAUAACGUUUUAUGAAACGAUCGGUGAUAAUUUUCAUAUGCAACUCAGGUUUUUUAAUAUUUUUUUUCAAUUUGGUAUUUGUGAAGUGAUUUUUUUUUCUGAUCCUCUUUCAUUACAGGUUAAUGAUUUGAUGGGUCUAAAUGCAUGCCUUUUUGUGCUUGUAAUUAAUCAUUUAUAACGUUAUAAUCAACCGAGACAUUUGGUCAUUUUUGUGUGUGUAAGUUUGUGUCACAUAAUGAGUUUAUGUAAAGUAUGUUUUUCUUUGUAGGUUUGAGACCUGAGAUUUGCUAGUGAAUUAUAUUUUUGAGAUAUUUUCUUCUGCAAAGUUUGGGGGCACUGCCUAAAGUAUUUGCAGUGCCCAUGGAUGCCACAACAAGCGGAACCCCAACUAUUCAAUACCAUAACAUCCCUGACCAGUCAAUUACUGCCAUUGUUGUUGCCCAACCACUUCCAACAUUUCAAAGGCAGCAACGCCAUUGCUUAGGGAACUCUUCUACUCCUGGAGAGUUUCCUUUGUCUGCUAAUCCAUCUAUUGUCCUCCAUGUCCUUACAGCGUGUAAUUUGGAUCCUCAAGACCUUGCUAAACUUGAGGCAACAUGUUCCUUCUUCAGGCAGCCAGCAAACUUUGCUCCGGAUUUCACGUUGUCGUUAUCCGAGCUUGCUGCAUUUGACAUGUGCUUGAAGAGAGCUAUCUUUAAGCCAAUGACAACAGAAGAAAAGCAAGAUUUGAAGCAAAGAUGUGGAGGUUCUUGGAAGUUGGUUUUGAGGUAUUUGUUGGCUGGAGAAGCAUGUUGCAGGAGGGAGAAAUCACAGGCAAUAGCAGGUCCUGGUCACAGCAUUGCUGUGACUUCUAAAGGGGAAGUUUAUUCAUUUGGAUCCAACAGUUCAGGACAACUGGGGCACGGCACCACUGAUGAAGAAUGGCGACCACGGCCAAUAAGAACUUUGCAAGGGAUUCGAAUUAUACAAGCGGCUGCUGGUGCUGGGAGGACAAUGUUGAUCACUGAUUCUGGACAGGUCUAUGCAUUUGGGAAGGAUUCUUUCGGGGAAGCUGAAUAUGGAGGACAAGGAUCUAAAACUGUUACAACUCCACAGUUAGUGGAGUCUUUGAAAAACAUAUUUGUCGUCCAAGCUGCAAUUGGUAACUUUUUCACAGCUGUAUUGUCAAGAGAAGGCAGGGUUUAUACAUUUUCUUGGGGUGUCGAUAGCAAACUUGGCCACCACACUGAUCCAAGUGAUAUGGAACCACGUUCUUUAUUAGGAGCUUUGGAAGACAUACCGGUAGUGCAAAUUGCGGCCGGAUAUUGCUACCUUCUUUGUCUGGCUUGCCAACCUAGUGGAAUGUCAGUGUACUCAGUUGGGUGUGGCUUGGGAGGCAAGCUAGGACACGGAUCAAGAACUGAUGAAAAGUUCCCCCGUUUGAUCGAACAGUUCCAGACGCUAAACCUUCAACCCAUGGUGGUUGCAGCCGGUGCUUGGCAUGCUGCUGUGGUUGGACAGGAUGGACGCGUUUGCACAUGGGGAUGGGGCCGAUACGGUUGCUUGGGGCAUGGAAAUGAAGAAUGUGAAGCUGCACCUAAGGUAGUAGAUGCAUUGACAAAUGUCAAAGCUGUUCAUGUUGCGACUGGAGAUUACACUACCUUCGUAGUGUCUGAAGAUGGUGAUGUAUAUUCAUUCGGUUGUGGAGAAUCUGCUAGUCUUGGGCAUAAUGCAGUAAAUGAUGCACAGGGAAACAGACAUGCAAAUGUGUUAAAUCCAGAGCUAGUGACAUCACUGAAACAGAUCAAUGAAAGGGUGGUGCAAAUUAGUCUAACCAAUUCCAUUUACUGGAAUGCUCAUACCUUUGCUCUCACUGAAUCAGGGAAGCUUUAUGCAUUUGGUGCUGGAGACAAAGGACAACUAGGAAUUGAGCUUGUUGCCAACCAGACUGAAAGGGUAAAUCCAGAAAAGGUUGACAUUCAUCUUGGUUAACUCUAUUUGUGCCUUUAAUCCGCAAUUCUUUCGUCGUCUAAUUUAUGAUCACUCUGCAUAGCAUUUAGUUUUUUUAAAUUCGUUAUCUAUUUUGUAAAUAUAAUCAAAGAAUCCAGCAGUGUCAUGAAGGUCCAAGGUAGGUAACAAGCUAACAAGGGCCUUAAAUGCUGUCUUUAUUAUGGUCGUUCAGAUAACUCUUUAGGCUUCAACCGUUUGUUGAUAGUUUUAUUACAUUGUUGAAGGUUUAUUUAUUUACAGUUUAGUUGUCUUUAAUUUGUUCUGUCAAA